ACCAGUCCAUAUGUCCUUCCAGCUGUCUGCAGAGGGCUUCUGAGGAGAAGGACACAUCUGUAGGACUCGGGAUCAACUCUAUUUCUUCACAACUGAGGGAGUAGAUACUGAAGACAAAUCAAAAAAUAAAUCAGUUGCUUCAGUGUCUGAAAUCUACAAGAGCCCAGCCAGAGAGAGGUCCAGAGAUGAAGAUCAGAGUGGUCCAGAUUUGGGGAUUCUUGAUGACGGUGCUGGGCUGGAUCUUUGUGGCCUGUACUAUGGCCAUGGAGAGAUGGAAAAUCUCUGCUGUCAGCGGCCAAGGGGGCCGGUCCGUCAUGACUGUGGCCUGGUACUGGUCCAGCUUGUGGAAAUCCUGUUUUACAGACUCAACCGCCGUCACCAAUUGUUACGACUUUCCCAUGCUCUGGUCUGUGGAGGGCCACAUCCAGAUAGUGCGAGGUCUGCUGAUGGCAGCGCUUUCCCUCGGCAUGCUGGGGUUUAUCCUCAGUCUGCUCGGUAUGGAGUGCACCUACAUUGGUGGUAAAGACCGGUCAAAGCACAAGAAGAUCUACUCUGGUGGACUGUGCCACAUCAUCAGUGGUGUGUUGUCCUCAUGUGGUUAUGCUGUGUAUGCCCAGUACGUGUCAAUAGAGUUCUUCACACCUGAUUUUACAGGUCUCAGGUUUAACCUCGGCACCCCGGUGUUCCUCGGCUGGGUGGGCUCGGUCUUUCACGUGGCCGGUGGUUUCUUCCAUCUGUGGUCGGUGUGUAAACCGCUGUGUGGAGAGGAAGCCACGGUGAUCACCAUGGAGGCACAGCCAGACCCAGAACAAAACAAAUCCACCAUGGCCCUCUCCACAGUAUUAGGGGUCACCUCCAAAACCAAACUGUCCUCCAGCACUGAGCGGUCCUUCAGAUCUGGCAGCUCAGACGUCUCUUCCAUCUCCACCAAAUCAGAGUCCACGUCCAGUUCAGGGAGGUCGUCAUCGACAGGCCGGACUGUUCAGUCUAUCGGGUCUGCAGGAUCAUCCAGAUCAUCAAGAUCAUCAAGAUCUGGAACAGGAUCUGAGCUGCAGUUCAGCAUAUCUUCAAAGACCAGCCAGUCUGUUUUGUCAGAGUCAAGCAGAAGUCAAACUGUGUCCUUGAUGUCGCAACGUUUAAGGAAUAAAACUCAAUCGUUCAGCAAAAAUUCCUACAUUUGAGUCAGUUUGGUAAAAAAGGGAAAGACAAACUAAUACAUGGGAUCAGCAGCAUUUUAAUACAUGUAUGAACAAAUGAAUAUUACCGGAUUGUUUUAUGUUAAUAAAAAAAGUUGUUUA